AUGAUGGGCAAACUGAAUUGGUUAGGCCUUGCGGCAGCUUCACUGUCCGCCGUAUCGGCGCAGUACUAUCAACGGCUAGGCACCUGUCCAACCCUCGGUUGUGUGCUGCCUCCCGAUCAACAAGACUUCUUGCCGGGACAGUACUUCGACCUGCGUCUCGAAGUGCAUGCGCCUGUCAAUGGCUCUGAGGCAUUCAACGAAGGUGUGCCAGACGAGGAAUUCUUCGUCACCAUCACGAAGGAAGGCGGCGAGGCCAGGAGCAUCACCGAGUUUUUCAGCGUCGAGGAGCCCGAGGUUGAGACGUGGUCGUUCAAGUGGUACGAAGACCUCUACGCCGCGGAUGCCGGCACGGCGUCCGUGGUCAAUGUCGCCUCCAAGAUCUACAGACGCUUGGCCCUUUACGAGCCGGGUAAUUAUCAGGUUACGCUGAACUACUACGAUGGGGAGACGACCACGGCGAAUUGGGUUGUGCGCCCCUUGGCGACGAAGAAGAAGGCUAAGAAUGUUAUUCUCUUCAUUGGGGAUGGUAUGACUACCAACAUGAUCACGGCUGCACGCUUGCUCGGGCAUAAAAGCAUCAAUGGGAAAUAUCAGUCUGUGUUGCAAGUUGACGACUUCCCUGUCAUUGGUCACCAAAUGACACAUUCCAUUGACAGCUUCAUCACCGACUCUGCCAAUUCUGCAUCGGCUCUCUACUCCGGUCACAAGAGUACAGUCAACGCCAUGGGCGUCUACGCUGAUUCUUCCCCUGAUUUGUUUGACGACCCCAAGGUGGAGACGAUUGUUGAGUUGCUCAAGCGUGUCUGGGGUUCCUCGUGGGGGGCUGUCUCAACCGCCUUCAUCGCAGAUGCGACCCCGAUUGCCCUUACUGCACACACCCGAUCUCGGUACGCCUACGGGCCCCUGGUUGACCAGGCUCUAAAAUCCCUCUCCAACUACACAUGGACUGACCACGGUGGUCCUGAUGUCUACUUCGGCGGUGGUGCCGAGCAGUUCCUCCCUGGUUCGGGUUCUUACCAGGGAAAAGACUACUAUCAGGAAUUUGCCGAUGCAGGUUACCUCAUCAGCUUGAACAAGACUUCGCUGGAGAGUCUUUCCAACGACUCCAAGGCCCUGGGCAUAUUCUGCAAGUCAAACCUUCCCGUCUGGCUUGACCGCAACGUCUUCACAGACAACCUCCAAAACUUCACAAACGACCCAACCGGUGCCGAAGCCCCCGCCACCGAUCUGCCAGGCCUAAAGGAAAUGACGCUUAAAGCCAUCGACAUCCUGCACACACGCGGCGGUGACAAAGGCUUUUUUCUUAUGUCGGAAGCAGCCUCCAUCGACAAGCAAAUGCACACGCUCGACUACGACCGCGCGCUCGGCGACCUCCUCGAGCUCGACGACACCAUCCGCGCCACCGUGUCGCACCUCAAAGCCCUCGGCGAACUGGAAAACACUCUCAUCGUCGUCACCUCGGACCACGGCCACGGCUUCGACGUCUUCGGCGGCGUCGACACAAAGUAUCUGUCCGAACAGAAAACCGGCCGCGAGAAGCGCAAGGCCGUUGGCGUGUACCAGAACUCGGGCCUCUCACAGUACACCGUCGAACACCCCGGGAUAAGCUACAACACGGGCCCCAAUUUCCCCGUGAACUGGGAUCCGCGGUACCAGGUUGCGGCCGGCUUUGGGGCGAAUCCGGAUCAUCGGGAGAACUAUAGGACCAACCCUGACAAUCCGCGCACACCCGCAACGAAUAUCACGGGAUUCGAGUCGGAUGAUUAUUUUGUGAAUCCCACGGAUAACGUGGAUGGCUUUAUCGUGAAUGGCACGUUGCCUACGAAUGAGGCGCAGGGGGUGCAUUCGUUGACUGAUGUGGCGGUUUUCGCUAUGGGCCCUUGUCAAGAUACUUUUGGGGGUGUUUAUGGGAAUAUUGAUGUGUUUUAUAAGAUGGCGAACUGUUUGGGGUUGGGAAGGCCGGAUGGAAAGGCGGGGGGGAAUUUGACCAGGACUAGUAGGUAG